GUGGAGACAAUUCAAUUCUCUCUCGUCACCUACACCACCGUCCAUGCCUGUCUCUCUCCAAAUCGUCCCCAUUGUCGUUACAAGCUUACUCCUCCUGCCUGCGUCUGCUGGGUUAGCUUUAUUCCGGCACACUCCGAUCUCACAUGAUAUCCCGACGACUCGGUUCCGGAAACUAAUAGUCCUGACUAAACACUGCUCACGAAAGCAACGCUUAUUUCACCCAUGUCAUGACGCAUGCUCAGUUCACGUACCUGCUGGGCUAGACCAUACGCACAGUAACGCACAGUAACGCACAGUUAUUGCAUGUCCAACAACUGGAGAUGUACAGAAUUAGCAUUCCCACCACAUGCACCCCGGACGUUCUCAUGCCUUCUAGUAGACUCACGUCCACCAUUAUCCGCCUUUGACGGAUCUCUUUGACUCACCAUGUCCGUCCUGCCAGUAGUAGCCAUCAUUGCUCCUGGUGCAAUGGGAUCGGCUGUAGCCAAACGCCUAACUACUGCAGGUCUCACUGUCCUCACAAAUCUAGACGGUCGUUCCCCCGCCUCACGCGCACGCGCACACGAUGCUGGAAUGCAGGAUGUUCCUCUAUCCGACAUCCCUCUCAAAGCAAACUGGGUUCUCAGUAUCCUUCCUCCAAGCGAUGCUCUUUCCUUCGCCCAGAAGUUUCGAGAUGCAUACUACUCUCACCUCGGGAAUACUGCGCGUCCGACAUCGACGUCACACCAGGUCGCCUUCGCUGAUUGCAACGCCGUAAAUCCUCAAACCGUCAAACGGAUCUCACACACGUUUGUCAAUACACCCAUCAAAUUCAUCGACGCCGGCAUUAUCGGAGGUCCUCCCAAUGAUGAUUACGAUCCUGUUAUCUAUGCCUCUGCCGACGCCCAAGAUACCGCAGUACUUGACGCUUUUGAACGAUUGUCCAAGUAUGGGUUGAAGGUCUCCCCACUCAGAGGUGAAGGUGCUGGCAUUGGAGACGCUAGCGCGUUGAAGAUGUCAUACGCCGGAAUCUCCAAAGGAAUCACCGGACUCUGCACUACGAUGAUCUUAGCCGCCAAUGCAUCCUCACCCGCGACCGCACAGGCUCUCCUUCACGAGCUCUCCGCGUCCCAACCUAGCAUCCUCCAUCGAAUAACAACCUCCGUUCCGAGUAUGCUCCCCAAAGCUUAUCGCUGGGUCGGAGAGAUGGAGGAGAUAUCCGAGUUCGUAGGUGAUGGACCAGGCAAGAUACAUGAGGGUUUAGCGAGGUUAUAUGAGAGGAUAGAGAAGAGCAUUAAGGCUGGUGAAGGUGAAGGAGGGGAGGACGUAAAGGUCCUAAAGAAGUUUGCAGAGGAUGCGAAGAAGGUUAUCGAUGGAAAGACAAAGUGAUACCCUUGAUUUUGAUUUCAAAGUGGUAGAAUGUACUAGUGCAGAUGUAGCAGAAUACCUAUCUUUUCCAGGAUUCGCGUUUUCUUACGCUGUCGAGGUUGGAUAA